CUGAGCGACUCUCAUCCUCAUACCCGCGGGAUCGCUGUUCAUCUUUUUCAUUCCGCCAUUUUUUAACCUUUCAUCUUCUCAUCAGCAACUCGUUUCAAUUUAAUCCCUUUACCAUUAUCCCUUCAAUCAACUUUCGAUUUUUACCCCUCUUUACGACUCCCCUCUUCUUCGGCGUGGACGCCGCUCCUUCUCGUGACUUGCAUUUUUUACUCUGACGCUUUCCCAUGCUCUUUGCUUUCGAAACUCCUUGCUCCAUGCAACUUUCUUUUUCCGUCUUCUGCCUCUGGCUGAUUCCCUACAACGCUUCGUCACUGGCCUUCGACGAUUCUUCUUAGUAUUGCAGGGAAAUUGUUGUUAAAUAAUCCCAAUAAUGUGGUUCUUUGAAUCAAGGAACUCUUUUAUGCCUUCCAAAGUACAGUAUCAGGAUUAUUUGUAUACCUUGAAAAUUUAUGAACUAUGACUGAAAGAUGAGGAUUUCAUUUCUUUGAGAUGCAAUAUAAGGGUUCCGGCUCUUUGAUGUCAUUCCUUUUAUGUGAGUAUUUUUCAACUGGUUAUCAUCAGCUUUAAACGGCUGCAAAUUAUGAUAGAAGCGUGUUGAAGAGUUGUAGAUCAUAUUGCCAGAUUAGUGAUCCAUAUAUUUAACACUCCAUACUCUACAUGUUUGAAAGGCAAAAAUGAUAGUACUCUUGUACACAUUUGUAUUUCUUCAACAGUGGAAGGAAUUGUGUGUCGCUUAGUAAUGCUAUGUCUGAACAUCUGGUCAAGUUGGAUAGUCUGAAAAGUUUGGCUUAUGGUAUAGAUAUACAAAAAUGGUUUCUUCUGGUUCUGUGUCUGAAAUUGUUGAAUCAAUAGAAGCACAGGAUCAUAUUUUUCAUUCGAGCAAAUGCAAGACGUACAUUAGUACUUUUAAAGGAGAUGACUCUGCUGAGAGUUCUUUUCAACUAUCUGUGGAAGAUGAUCUUACUGGAGGGCCUUCCAGGGCUUCGGGCCCUUCUUGCCAGAAAGCUGUGGAUUUGCUUAAUAAAUCUACUCUAAAGAAAGUAAUUGGAAUCUCUCAUAUGCCUAGACAAGAAAUUUCUGAAUCACUAACUUUGAAACAAGCUUUAAGAAGGUUAUGCCUUUCUCAUGCAGCAGAGAUGGCAGCUAUGAAGAGAUUAUCAUUGCCGCAUAAAGCUUCCAGUGCCUAUGAUGUUGAAACUAUUAAAAAUUUGUAUACUUCUGUUGUGCUCCAUGCUAUGGAGACUGACCCGUCUGCCAAAGUAAGACAAAAUGCAAUGGAACAUCCUUUAGUUCCUGAGGGAAAUCAAAGUUAUUCUCCUGAGAAUAUGAGUGAUGUAUGUUCUGCUCAAAACGCAAAAUCAUACACUGCAAAUUUGAUUUCUUCUCACUGUUCUGCAACUUCACCCAUAAGUAAGGAACCAAUGGAAUCUGCAGAAAGUUCUUCAGCUCAAGAGUUGAUUAGAAUAAAGGGAAAGGUUUUGCCCAAAACUUCCACAGUUGAUUAUCAAGUGAAGGUGGAGUUGAGCAAGGUUAGCGUGGGACCGAUACUGAAAAAACCAUUGUUGAAGAGAAAAUGUUUUGAUAAAAGGAAUACAAAGCAUGUGAAUGAUGGGAAAUCUCGUACUUCUGUAAAAUCCAAUGAAUCCGAAAUAUCUGGUUCAGUCUCUGGUAAAACUAAGUUGAAUCACCUCAAAGAUUAUGUUUCUCCUUCAUGCAGUAAUACAAAUUCUUAUGUGCCGCCCAUCAAAACCACAUAUAGUAACGUAAGUGAAGAUAAUCUGAAUGUAUGGCAAGUUAGCUGCUAUAAUGAUAACUCAAAUGAUGUUAAAGUGGUUGAAACAUUGAGAUCAAGAGAAAAGGGGGAGUGCUCUCAUAGUUCAAAAAGUAGCAUUGGUGAUUAUAGCAGCAGCACUACCAUCAGCGAAGACAAAAAUUGUUUUAUCACAGGUAGAAAUGGCAGCAGGCCCCAUAUGUCUAAGGAUGUGAGAUGGAUUGCAGUCUGCAAUGUUGCACAGAAACAUGUGGAUAUAGACUUAAAGAAUUUUAUGUUACUCAGGAAACUUGGCUGUGGAGAUAUUGGGACCGUUUAUCUUGCUCAGUUAAUUGGUUCGGAUUGCUUAUAUGCCCUGAAAGUUGUGGAUACCGAGUUUCUUGUUAGUAGAAAGAAGUUGCUGAGAGCAGAAACAGAAAGGGAGAUACUUCAAAUGCUUGACCAUCCAUUUCUUCCAACCCUUUAUGCUCAUUUCACCUCUGAUAAUCUUUCUUGCUCGGUCAUGGAAUAUUGCCCUGGUGGUGAUCUUCAUGUUCUUCGACAGAGACAAGCAGGCAGAUUCUUUUCUGAGCCAGCUGCUAGGUUUUAUGUUGCUGAGGUUCUUCUUGCUCUGGAGUACCUACAUUUACAGGGUGUUAUCUACCGAGAUCUCAAACCAGAAAACGUUCUCAUUCGGGACAAUGGCCACAUUAUGCUCUCUGAUUUUGACCUCUCUCUUAGGUGCACAGUCAAUCCAACUCUCCUCAAAUCCUCAUCUGUAACCUCACCAGAUUCUUCCAAGAGGCGAUCCGAACCUUGUUCUGAAACCAACUGCUUGGAUCCACUAUGCCUACAUCCAUCUUGGACUCCAAUUUCAUGCUUCGGGACUCCUUUAGCUUCCUCCUCCAUGCCAUGGAACAGGAAGCUCAAAUCAGAUUUGGCUGGACAAGUUUUCCCACUUCCACAGCUCGUAUUUGAGCCCACCGAUGCGCACUCGAACUCUUUCGUUGGCACCCACGAGUACUUGGCACCAGAGAUAAUACAGGGACAUGGACAUGGAAGUUCUGUGGAUUGGUGGACCUUUGGAAUCUUUCUAUAUGAGUUACUGUUCAGUAGGACUCCCUUUAAGGGUUCUAACAAUAAACAAACCUUGAACAAUAUAGUCAUCCAGAGUUUAAAGUUCCCUGAUUCUCCCUCUGUUAGCUUUCAUGCAAAAGAUUUAAUCAGAGCUCUUCUGGUAAAAGAACCUGAGAGCAGGCUUGGUUCUGUCAAAGGGGCUACUGAAAUUAAGCAGCAUUCCUUCUUUGAGGGGAUUAACUGGGCCUUAAUCCGCUGCUCGGAGCCGCCGGAGACGUCGAGUAUGAAAGAAACAGAGGAUCCCUUGGUUUCAAGAAGAAAUGGGGAAGGAAAAUGUUUAGAUUUCAGAUACACUGCAGAUGAUUUUGAAUUUGAAACUUUCUAACGGCUCUUUUUUAUUCUUUGAAGAGGAGCUUUUGUUUGGUUUCAUGACAGUGGUGGGAUUUCUCUGUGGCUAUGUUCAGUAGUGUGCGGCAGCUAAGUUUCUGCUCCUUGUAAGCGACAGAUUAUGGUUGUGAAGAAAUGCCAGCCA